AUGCGUUCUUCGCCUCACGCUCGUGCGCCCCCGUCUGCUUCGGGCUCUUCGCCUAGUUCUCUGAACGACCUGUUCGUUCCCCCCUCGCCUGUGCCCGACCGGUCCCGGAAGAGCGCGCGCCUGGCGUCCCAGGAUGCUGGGUCCGUCCUCACCUUCCUCACGGCCCGUGGCGUCGUGCCAGGCGCUGCCACGCGCGCGGCCUCGCUGGGGCUCCCCCACACCUCUCUGCAACAGCUGGGGCGCUGGUCCUCUUCUGCCUUCUCCGCCUAA